UACUAACACAUCAUACAAAACAAUGAAGAUCACAUUUCUUGCAUUGGUCCUUCUCCUUGCUUUGAGCACAAAGACACUGCUUGGUUCAGCUGGUCCGACACCUAAGGAAGUGUUUGACUCAUCAGGGAAGAACCUCCGAGCUGGUACCCAAUACUACAUCAUUCCAGCUUCUCCUGAUGCUGACGGUCUUAGCCUUGCCAAUACAGGAAAAGAUUGCCCUCUUGACGCGGUAGCUGUGGAAGGCUACCGAGGCCUGCCUUUGGUGUUCACGCCUGUGAACCCAAAGAAAGGCGUUGUUCGUGUCGACACUGAUCUCAACAUCUAUUUUGCUGCUGAAACAAGCUGUCCUCAGUCAAAUGUGUGGAAGGUAUCUGACUAUGAUUCUGCAACAGGACAGUGGUUUGUGACUACUGGUGGUGUUUUCGGUGACCCGGGUUUGCAGACCAUUAGAAAUUGGUUCAAGAUUGAGAGGUAUGAGGAUGCUUAUAAACUGACUUACUGUCCAAGUGUGUGCACUAGUUGCACUCAUCUAUGCAGGGACAUGGGAAUAUAUGAGGAUCAGUAUGGAAAGCGUCUAGCUCUCACUGAUGUGCCAUAUAAAGUUCGUUUCCAGCUUGCCUAAACCUCUACAUAUACAUAAACCUCAGUGAUGAAUAAGUGUAAUAUGCAUGACCUGUGAUUUCAAUACAAGGUUUCUCAAUCUGAUUCCUUGUCUUGUCAUGGACAAGAUUAUAAAAUAAACACGGUCUUAAUGUUUGUAAGUCUUCACAGUUUCUAGUUUGUGUUUUGGUCACUGAAGGAA